AUGGCCACGGGAAAUACCCUCGUGGUUCGUGUGCCUGAAAGGCAAUCUCCCCAAUUAGUCCAAGAACAACUUUCCCUUCCAAUCCCCAGCGCCAGCCAAGUGCAGGUCAAGGUGUCACACGUGGCACAGAACCCGACAGAUGUGCAAUGCUUUGAUGUCAAUGCUUUCGGGGACGGAGCUGUUCUGGGGUGUGAUUUCGUCGGAGAAGUGACCGAGCUCGGCAGUGGGGUUACUCGUCUUUCGAGGGGCGAUAUUGUAGCAGGGCUGAUUUGGGGCGGUGAAAUUGCCGGCCUGGGCGGUUAUAGUGAAUAUACUGUUGCCGAUCAACACAUCUCUUUCAAGGUGCCUUCGAACAUCUCGAAAGCGGAGGCCAGUACUGUUCCACUAGCAGCAGCCACAGCAUGGCUAGCUCUUUUCUCCAAAGGUUGUCUUGACCUUGAUCGCUCCAAGGCCACAGGAGUUAGUGUGUUGGUGUGGGGUGGUAGCUCGAGUGUUGGUCUUUAUACGAUUCAGCUGGCAUCUAUCUGUGGCUUCGAUGUGGUGACAACAUGCAGUCCUCGCAAUGAAGAUCUGGUCCGAUCCCGUGGAGCUAAGCAUGUAUUUGACUACAGAGAUCCACAUGUGAUCGAGAAGAUUACGGAGGUCUCACCUAAUAUUCAACACAUUUUUGACACCAUUGGAGAUGCCAACUCUUCGUCUCUAUCCUCUCGGGCAUUUGGUGGCCGCGAGGGUAAUCUCUGCACCGUCAGACCCGGGAAGGCAAACACAGAGCGUGUUACCGCUAACACAAGAGUGACUGACGUGUUAGUAUGGACUGUAUUCCUGAAGGAUCACCGUUAUGCCCAUUUCCAUUGGCCGGCCUCGAAGGAAGACCACGAACUUGCUAGCGACUUAUUUGAUAACUUAUCCACCUGGCUGGAACAGGGAAAAAUCAAACCAAGCAGGGCAAAGGUGCUCCGUGGCUUGGGAUCUGUGACUCAAGGGUUCCAGGAACACCGGGAUGGUGCGAUCUCCGCGUAUAAGAUUGUAUAUGAGCUGUGA